GCACGCUAGGAAAUACUGACGUCCCCGCCGCGCCAUCUUUAGAAAACAGUGAGCUACAGUGCCCAACGCUGAAUGAAACUUGAUUUUCGUCGUUUUUGGGAGCUGCUCGCUAUAUGGAGUGAUAUCCUUGUUUUUCCAGGUGUUUGACCAGUAAAGGAGAUCAUGGGGAUCAAGGUUCAGCGCACUCGCUGCUUCCUUGACAUUGGCAUCAGUAAUGUGCUCGUCGGCAGAGUUGUGGUUGAACUCUUCUCAGACAUCUGUCCCAAAACAUGUGAAAAUUUCAGGUGCCUCUGCACAGGUGAAAAAGGCAUUGGUAAAGGCACUAUGAAACCCCUGCACUACAAAGGAUGUCUGUUCCAUCGAGUUGUAAAAGACUUCAUGAUUCAAGGAGGAGACUUCAGUGAAGGUAAUGGACGAGGAGGCGAAUCCAUCUAUGGAGGCUUUUUUGAAGAUGAAAGCUUUGCUGUUAAACACAACAAGGGGUACCUGUUGUCUAUGGCCAAUAGGGGCAAGGAUACAAAUGGAUCACAGUUUUUUAUAACUACAAAACCCUCACCACAUCUGGAUGGUGUUCAUGUGGUUUUCGGUCACGUGAUUUCUGGCCAAGAGGUUGUUCAAACCAUGGAGAACCAGAAAACGGAUCCUAAUAGCAGGCCGUAUGCUGACGUGAAUGUCUUGAACUGUGGAGAGCUUGUCCCAAAAUCUAAAGCAAAGAAAGAUGAAAAAAAGAAAGCGCGAGCCUCUUCCAGUUCCAGCAGUAGCUCCAGCAACUCCGAGAGCUCAUCCCAGUCCUCCUCUGAUUCUGAAGAAUCUGAGAAGGAAUCUAAGAAGAAGAAAAAGAAGGUGAAGAAGCUAAAAAAGAAAGAGAAGAAGGAAAAGAAAAGGUCAGAGGCUGAAAGUGCUGAAGAGAAAGAACAAGAAGAGGUGGUUACAUCUACUGUACGUCCUGAAGAAAUUCCACCGAUCCCAGAGAACAGGUUUCUGUUGAGGAGGAGUCCCCAGACGGUCCAGAAGCCAAAAGAGGAGGCUGAACAGGUUCAGCAUAAAAAGGAGGAAAGGCCAAGAGAGAGUGCUGGCACAACAUAUAACUCUCAAUCAUCAUAUCACAGAAGACUGGUGAUGACACGAUCCGGGAGGAAGAUAAAAGGCAGGGGCCCAAGGCGCUAUCGGACUCCGUCCCGCUCCCGCUCCAGGUCCAGAGAUCGUUUUUGGCGCAGUGAAACCCCUCCACACUGGCGUCAGGAGAUGCAACGUCAGAGGAUGAGGGCAGUCACCGGAGAGCGCUGGAUUAAGGGGGACAGAGGUGACAUGAACGAGGCAAAGGAUGAGGCUGCUAAAGCCCCAAGAAGAGAGAGAUGGCCCGCUGAAUCAAAGCACAAGAACACAGCUGAGGGUAAAAAAGACAAGAAAACUCGGUCCCAUAGAUCCAAAAGCAAAGAAGAGGACAGUGAUGAGAAGAAUGAGAAUCAUAGCAAACACAAGGCAAAGAAACGGGAUAAAUCUAAAAGCCGCAGUAAAAGCAGAGAAAAGAGUAGGAGGUCUAAAAGCAAAGAGAAGGGUCACAAGCACAAAAGUGAUGACAGAAGAGGUCGCUCAAGGAGCAAAGACCAAAAUGUGAAUAAGAAGGAAAAAGAGUCAGAGUCUGAUCACAAUAAAGAUAAAAAUAAGGGUCAAGAGGUGGAUACAAAGCAUAAAGAGGAUACCAAAGGAAAAAAUGGUGAGAGAACUAGAACAAAGUCACAAAGUAAGGAAAAGCCAACAACAAAAGAUGGGCACAGAUCAAGCAGCAGGAACAGGGAUAAGAGCAGACGUGCAGUGUCAAAAGACAAAGAAGAAAAACGAGAGAAGGACAGAGAGAGGGGCAGAGAACGUAUAACGAGUCAGGACAGACGACACAACAGCGAAAGGGAGAAUAAGAAGCGAGGAACAUCUAGGGAUAAAGAACAGCGAACAAGGAGUCUAGAAAGAAAUAAGCCGAGAGACUCGAACAGAAGCAGGCGCUCCAGAAGCAAGAGCAGUAAGAGAGACCGCAGCAAAGACCGGUCCUCUCAUAGAAAGGAAAAAGACCACGAAUCUGGCAACCAAAGGAGAAGACGUAGCAGCAGUUCUGAGAGCGAUAGAGAUGAGAAAAGGAGGAGUCAGAAGACCCCAGAUAGUAAACGGAGAAAAGCAAGCAGUAGCUCCAGAUCCAAAGACAGAAGGAGCCCGGCCAAACCAAGACCAGAUAGUACAAAGGGUAAAGACCGAAACGACAGCAAGAGGAAUCAAUCCAGCUCAAGCUCUGACAGCGACUGAGCCUGUGACGAUAUCCUACAGGAAUAGAUUGGGAGUUUUGAAGUCUUUCCCUAUUUUUUUACCCACCACACAUAUAGUAUGCAGCAUCAGCUUUCUAUCUAGAACUUAUUCAAAAUGUGCAUUCAGUGAAUAGAAACCCAUUCCACAGUUUAGCCAAAGCUAACAUGGUUAUACAGAAGUACGUCAAAGCUAAACUGUGAUACCACCAAAACCUUCACUGGCAGAGCGUAGCACCGUGUAAGCUUUGGCUGAACCACGGACUUCACUGUGCCGCUGAAUGGAAGUUGUGGAUUUGUCCCCCAUUACAUGGAUCACACUGUUGAUGGGCAGCGGAAGCUGCACCACCGGUUUAGAGGAUAUGUGAAUGAAAGCGAAACCUGUCAACAUUGUGUAGUGCAUUAGCAGUAAGUACCAGGUCUUUUAAUUGUACGUGAGCAGAUGAGGUCUGUUUUUUUUAUUAUUAUUUUGGAUUCUUUAGUAAAUUAUAUUUUCACUUUGCAAUAGUGGCCAUUUCAAUUUUUACUGCAACCAAAAUCCUCCUCUCAGAGGACAUUUUCUCCUAAAAUAUAUUUCAAUUUUAUUUAACGCAGUUGGUUUUGGAGAUAAAGACCUCUCUUACUUCAGCAAAUGUCUGAUAUUUACUUGUCAUGUAUUUUUACUACAACAAUCAAUAAGGAAGAAAACACUCUUCAUUGUGUGCAUGCUUAGCCCUCAGUGUUUGAUGGAACUGCACAUUCAUACCUUUUCUUAGUUUUAUUUUUUUCUUCUUACAUCCAUGACCUUGUACUGUAAUCCUAGUUGUUAACCCAUUUUGUGAGAGCUCUGGUUUGUUUUUUGAAAGAAAAAAAUUCAAUGGCAUGCUGUAAGUACAACAUAAAAUCAAUUUGUAUAAAUUGUGUCUUGUGCAAGUUGGUUUUAAGAAGAAGUCGAUUGCCGUAUAGAAUGAAUUGAAGGCUCAACUUUGAUUUUAA